AUGCGCUCGCUCGCGUUCGCGCUGGCCCUCGCCGCUGUUCCAGCCUCGGCGUGGGUCCUCAGUGACGACCCACGGUCAUCUACCGCCGGCUGCGACGCGAAGGGCGACAUCUUCAACUUGUACGACAAGAUUGUCCUCUGGCCAUACGGCGCGCCAACGCCGCCCUCCGCUCCUCCUCCUCCGCCAACGGCGCCCUCCGCGCUGACGACGCCAGAAGACAUCGACUCGCCAGAAGAGGUCUCAACAAAAGGCCUCAAAGGUGGGCUAACCUAUGCAAUCCACCCGCAGUUCUGCGAGCGGAUGCUUCCGCGCUUUCCGGAGGAGGACUUUGAGUCGAUCGAGAACAUCUUUGGCUUCUCGUUCCUCGACUGCGACCGCAUCCGCAAGGCGAUCGCCGAGGCCUUCAACACCUGGGCGAUCAAUCACAAGUACCUCCACUUUGAGGACGUCACCACAGCGUGCUGGAAGAGCUGGGAGGCUGCUGGAUCGCCAAGCUGUGAGAGCUUGCCUAAAGACGCAACAUGCGAGUGCCCGAACGCCGAGCUCCUGAUCACAACGAACGACUUGUGGACGCCGGGCGUCGUUAACGCGAACUCGGUCCACCAAGGCGAUUAUGCGGCCUUUGUCAUAAACGGAAAAAAAGGCACAGUAGCCAUGGAACGACUUCCGACGCGCUUGACGUCGGGCGCGGUUAUCGAUGGGGACCAAGGUCUGCAGCGCUCGGAGAUGACGGUCAGCACCGAGCUGUGCUGGUACCUCGAUACCACCUUCUGCUACCAGUUCCACUCGAUGAACGACGCCGGGUGGGACGUUGUCCUCUUCAUGCGGAUUGUCGUCACCGUCGUCUCCAUCGUGUGCGCCGGCAUCUUUUGCACCAUCCUCGCAUCCGGCCUCCGGAACGCGCUGUGCCCGUCGCAGGGGACGCGCGCGGAGUCAUCUGUCAAGAAGGUCUUUGGCCGGCGCACCGAUGCUGUCCUCCUCUUCCUCGCGCGUACGCCGCUCUUCUGCCUCCUCUUCUCGCUCUUCUGGCUGAUUGCUGCGCCCGUCUUCUACUUCACCAUCUUCCUCCCUUGCUGGGACUGCUACGACUUCAAGGCGACCCUCGCGCACGAGGUUGGGCACGUGCUUGGCUUCGACCACCCCGACGACACCGACUGCAACGGCGAUUGCGUCCUUAGCGCACGCAACCUGCAAACCAGGGCGGGGAUCGUCAUGGGCGACAGCGUGUGCCAGAGGCCGCUCACUAAUGACACCGUCGAGUGGAUUCCGGACGCGGACAGAAAGGACUGCUCGAACCUCCCAGACGGAGACCCGCACGACUCGAUCAUGUUUUCGGUGACCAAGCACCGAUCCCGCACCUGCCUCACCGCCGACGACCUCGAGGGCCUCAACUUUUUGUACCCUCUCUGCGGCGACGAGGCCUUGACCGAGCCGGAGUGCCUCGAGUCGCUCGAGCUCUCGGGGUACCUUCGCUUCACGCUCGCCAUCGGCAUGCCCUACGCGCUCUCCACGAUCAUUCUCUGCCUGCUGCAGUGCUGCGUCUCGGCGUACAUGAGGCGCCGCACUCGACACUACGAGCAGGCCGUCUCCAGGCUGCGACGCGACAAGUCCGACAUGCGGCGGGAGAACGCGAAGCUCAAGCUGCGGCUGUCCCAGAUCGAGACGGGCGAGGAGCCCGCCCCGCGACACAAGAUCUUCGGCGCCUUUGGGAGGAGCUCGCGCUCCAUCAUCAGUUCCCUCUUCACGCCGCGCCGCGCGCACACCCCAAACGCGUCGCCCUCCAAGCAAGAGCCGGUCGCAAGCACCCCCCUCGACAGCCCGACUGGCGAGGUGGACGCCGAGGACCUUGAGCGCAUGUCGAUGGUGCGCGAGUCGGUCAGCGAGGCACACGCUCGCUUCUCGACCGCCUCGCAGGAUGUGUCGGCGCGCAGCAGCACGCGCCGCAGCUUCUCAGGCAUGCCCUCGAGUGAUAGCGGACUUCGCGUGGACGGGACGCCUCGCGGCGCGGGCUCCGACUCGCCGGCUCUGCAAGCGAUCGCGAUCGAUGCCUCGCCCUGGCUGGCCAAGGACUAGCAUCGCUGGCGCCAAUCCGACCCCCGUGCCGCCGAGAUAAGCUCCCCACGCAUGCGCCCUCACGGGCGCGGUGGGCAGGCGCCACGAGGCCGGCCGUUCGUGAGAGGUGUGCGGUGAGCUCCGGACGACCACCGCGCCCCGGAGCGGCGCGGCGUCCCCACGUCCGUGCACACGACACGUCCACGACAUAGAUAUCGGCGCGCGUACAAAAGGAUUUAUGCUGCCGGUGUGGCGGAUUCAGAGAGUGAGUACCAAUGUAUUUAGUAGUAUACGUACGU